GAACGACACUAGUGAUGUGUCAGCAGAGAGCGAGCUGCUGCCCCAGGAAACCAACUGGCCACACCUUUGACAGCUUCAGACACUCAGGUCCAGUUGCAUGGGAGCUCUUUUGUUUUUCAGAACUGACAUUUAAAAUCAGGGUGUUGAGCUUGCUAGGCAGGCACUCUCCCAUUUGAGCCAUGACUCUAGCUUCCUGCUAGGUAUUAUUUCCCACUUUGAUGUCAUGUUAUACCAAUUCCCUAGGUGAUAGAAACUGGUUGAAAAUGUAUCUAUAAACUGUGCUACAAUGCUCUGUAAACACUGCCUUUUACAGUGGACACCGCAUUCCCUUCCUCUAGCACUGUGUCUCCUUCAUUAGCUUCAGGAACCGACAUUCUCAGGGCUAUACAAUUUAUUACUGCUUUACCUCUAUCCUCUGAGCACUUUUAGUCUCCAAAUUCUUUCUGGUGGUUCCAAAGGUUUCCUUGGCUACAACUGUCAUGUUUUGUUGUCCUAACUUCUCUCCCACCUCCACCUGGUAUAUAUCAAAUGGACAUCACAUUUGGAAGCCACAAAACCAAAAUCCAACAGGAUUUCCUUAGCUUUCUCUCCUUCUUAUAUAUAUUCUAUCUCUGCUUACUUCUAAUUACAUCAAUUGUGCUCCAACAUCACCAGUUAUUUUUAUACUAAGGAGAAAUUAUGAGAGUAUUGUGGUUUUGUUUCAGUUCCCUAAUAGUACAGACCUCUUUUAUCUCUUCCAUCUUGAAUUUCCAAUACGCGCUCACUGGACGAAUGUAAUGUAGAAAGCACACACAGGAACUGUGAUACAUCCCUUCCUCUUAACUUAUACCACAACUUUCUUUUUCUGGGCGAGGGAGGGGUGGCAAUCCUAAUAGGGUUUGAAUUCGUGGCCCCAUCUUGUAAGCAAGCCUUCUAUAGUCCUAAACCACACUUCCAGCCUAUUUUCCUUUUCAGUGUCUUGCCCAGGGGACUGUCUGAACCUGGAUCCACCUCCCUACAUAUCUCCCGCAUAGCUAGGAGCAGAGAAGGGCUUUGUUGGUACGUGGGUCUCACCAACGUUUUGCCUGGCUGGCCUUAAGUCACAGUCCUCCCCAUACUGGGCUCCAGGGCUGGGUGGUGUGAGUCGCUGGGCCGAGAGAUUCGUACGCUGGACGCUGCUUUCAGGUACACUAAUGUUUUUCUCAAACUUUCGACACAGAACCACCUCUUGGGCCAGGUAUCAACACCUCCUUCCCGGAGCUGCGGCCGGGCCGGUUCUAAGCGCGGUCCUCUCCGUACCUGUCCCGGCUUCGGUGACUCAGCCGUACGCAUCGCCCGGGUGUCCGCUACCCAUCGGGCCGUAAAUGCAAGGCUUAACUUUUCCAUCUUUGCUUUACACCCACGCGCGUCCAGCCCUGCCCGCGGCGCGGGCGGAAGCGGAAUUCGCCAGCCGAACCAGUGGGCCUCGGCGCGGCGGCCUCCGCGCGAAAACGGAGCCGCAAAGCCGCCCGGCAACGCCCGAGGGAUAGCCAAUCCCCGCCCCGCCCAGGUCCCCAUCGGCGGGGGAAAUGAUAGCGUGCGCAAGCGCAGCAAGCCCAGCGCCGCUGGCGUCAUCGGAGGCCCGACGACUCCGCCCCUCUCAACAUGGCGCUGCACUCAAUGCGGAAGGCUCAUGGAUGCUGGCGCUUCAUCCGGGCACUUCACAAAGGACUCGAAGCUGCUCCGGUUCCCCAGAAGGACAGCGUGAAGCGAGUAUUUUCUGGCAUUCAACCUACAGGUAUCCUUCACCUGGGAAAUUACCUGGGUGCUAUCGAAAGCUGGGUGAAGCUGCAGGAGCAGUAUGACUCAGUGCUGUACAGCAUCGUGGACCUACACUCCAUCACUGUCCCCCAAGACCCCGCCGUCCUCCGACAGAGCGUUCUGGACAUGACUGCGGCUCUUCUCGCCUGUGGCAUCAACCCGGAGAAAAGCAUUCUCUUCCAGCAGUCUCAGGUGUCUGAGCACACACAACUAAGUUGGAUCCUUACCUGCAUGGUGAGACUGCCUCGAUUACAGCACUUACAUCAGUGGAAGAGUAAGAGCACUAAGCAGCAGCAGGAAGGAACAAUGGGCCUGCUAACCUACCCAGUGCUCCAGGCAGCAGACAUUCUGUCCUAUAGGUCUACACACGUUCCCGUUGGAGAGGACCAAAUCCAGCACAUGGAACUCGUUCAGGAUCUUGCACAGGGAUUCAACAAGAAGUACGGAGAGUUCUUUCCAGUGCCCAAAUCUAUUCUUACCUCGAUGAAGAAAGUGAAAUCUCUUCGUGAUCCUUCAUCUAAAAUGUCCAAAUCCGACCCUGACAACCUGGCCACAGUGAGAAUAACGGACAGCCCCGAGGAGAUCACUCGGAAAUUCCGCAAGGCAGUGACAGACUUCACCUCGGAGGUCACCUACGACCCCGUGGGCCGCCCGGGUGUCUCCAACCUGGUGGCCAUCCACGCGGCGGUGAGUGGGCUCCCCGUGGAGGAGGUGGUCCGUGGGAGCUCAGACCUGGACACCGCCCGCUACAAGCUGCAGGUGGCGGAAGCCGUCAUUGAGAAGCUAGCGCCAAUUCAGAGUGAGAUUGAAAAACUGAAGCGAGACCCGGACCACUUGCACAAGGUUCUAAAAGCUGGGUCUGCCAAAGCCAAAGAGUUAGCACACCCAGUGUGCCAGGAGGUGAAGAAGCGGCUAGGCAUGCACUAGGGGUUUCCUUCCUGUCAUCUGUGUCAACUGACCUCAGACACAGUUACAGUGCGGGAAAUUC